AUCAACGUUCCCCUAGAAUUGCGUCAUACGUUUUCAGUCGUGUAAAGCAACUAUUAAUUUGAAUGUGUUGCGUUUGAAAUCAAACGUGAUGGUUGUUACACAAUCGGAGAUUUUUAGAGGUGUUCUCUGUUCCUGGUGAAGGAUCCACCUAACGCCUCACCACACUCCACAGAACACCGUCGUGUAUUCAGAGCACUAACAAAAGCAGCAGCCCUGAGCGUGACAAUGAGCCAGUCGACGCACUCUGAAGACUGAAGUUAUGACGAUAAUAUGGCUGACAAGGGGCCGCUUUUGACCUCAUGCGUCAUUUUCUACCUUUCGAUCGGGGCUGCAAUAUUCCAAAUUCUCGAGGAACCAAACUACAUGUCAGCCAGAGACAAAUACAUCCUACAGAAGGAACAAAUCUUAAAAAAGUUCUCCUGCUUAACCAAAUCAGACUUGGAUCAGAUUCUGGAGAUAGUGUCAGAGGCUGCAGGUCAAGGCGUGGCCAUAACUGGUGAUAAACAUCGCGAAUCAUGGGACUGGGCCAACUCCGUCAUUUUUGCUUCCACCAUCGUCACCACGAUAGGCUAUGGUAAUGUUGCUCCAAAGACUAAAACUGGCCGUGUUUUCUGCAUCCUAUAUGGUCUGUGUGGGAUCCCACUAUGUCUGGUCUGGAUUAGUGAACUGGGAUCUUUCUUUGGGGACAGAGCCAAGCGUCUGUCUCAGGUCCUGAUUCGUAAAAAUGUUUCUGUGAAAAAAGUCCAGUUUAUCUGUACAGCUUUGUUCCUGUUAUGGGGGCUUUUUGUACAUUUGGUGAUUCCCCCGUUUGUUUUCAUGUCUGUGGAAGGAUGGAGCUACCUGGAAGGCAUCUACUUCUCUUUUAUCACACUCACAACAGUUGGUUUUGGAGAUUACGUAGCAGGUGUAAAUCCCAACAUUGAAUACCCCAGACUGUACAGAGUAAUUGCAGAGUUAUGGAUGUACAUGGGUCUGGCCUGGCUAUCUCUUUUCUUCAGCUGGAAUGUCCACAUGGUAGUGGAAGCUACCAAAGUGCUGAAGAAAAGAAGACACAGGCACAGGUACCCACACGAAGAGAAACCGCUGAACGAGGAGAAAAAAGAACAGGUGAAUAUCAAGCAGUCCGUCAUCGACAUCUUCAAAUUCCUGUCUGAGCAGGACAACGACAACUACAACACCAUCAUCAAGGAGAUUGGAAUCAAAGCCAAGCAUAAAAAACAAGAAGAGAAAAUAAAUCGCUCCAAAAGCUGCAACGACCUGCACAUACAGAUGCUGGAUCACUCACCAGGCGACAAGCACCUAAAAGUUGGUGAGUUGUUCAGGAAUCCAAAGGAUGACAUGGGCAGAAAUAAAAAAUGUGCCCUAGAAAAGAGCAGCUCACACCCCGACCUCUCACUUUGUAUAAGAACUGAACCAGUGGAUAAUAAAAACUCAGAAAAUGUUGGCAUCAUCAUCACGGUGACGACCAGUGAUGCGGCCGAAGGACAGAGUGUACAGCAUCCUGACGGAGGAGAGACGAGGUUCACAAUAUCUAAGGUACCGGAGGAUUUGACGACAGAUAAAGAUGAGAUGGGCUGAGGCUUCUUUUCUGAAACCUCACUCACAAAGACACAAACUCAAAAAAAGAAAAAAUACUUCAAUCAAGAAAACAAAACUACAAUCUGUGCAACAGCCUCCAACAUAUAGUUAUGUUUGGGAAAAGGAUGUUUUUGCUUUUUUUUUUCUUCAAAAUAUGUUCUUAUU